AUGAUGAGACAGACAACCAUGGAUUUCAGCACUCCAUCUGUGUUUGAUCAGCAAAAAGGUGAUUCAUCUGAAGAAGUUGACCUGACCAUGGUUUAUCAGGCAGCAUCUAACGGAGAUGUCAAUGCUUUGACUGCCGUGAUUCGGGAAGACCCUUCCAUCCUAGAAUGCUGUGACAGUGAAGGAUGUACACCCUUAAUGCAUGCAGUUUCUGGACGUCAAGUGGACACAGUGAAGCUGCUGUUGAAGAUGGGAGCCAAUAUUAACAUGCAGGACGCUUAUGGCCGCACAAGUCUAUGCCUGGCAACCUAUCUGGGUUGGCUGGAAGGCUGUGUGAGUCUACUAAGAAAUGGUGCCAAGCACAAUAUCCCUGAUAAAAAUGGCCGUCUGCCACUGCACGCUGCCACCGCCGAGCCCGAUGUGAGGCUCCUAACAGUCCUGGUACAACAGUCAAACCUCAACGAGAUUAAUCACCAGGACAGCGAGGGAAUGACACCACUCCACUGGGCAGCUUUCCACAACCGGCCUCAACACACCCAAAUGCUGCUGAAGAAGGGGGCAGACCCCACCCUUGUGGAUAAAGACUUUAAAACGGCUCUCCACUGGGCUGUGCAGAGUGGAAAUAGAAUUCUGUGUUCCAUCAUUCUGAGCCAUCACCAGGGUCCUUCCAUAAUCAACUACGACGAUGAGAGUGGGAAGACGUGUGUGCACAUCGCCGCAGCAGCAGGUUUCAGUGACAUCAUCAACGAGCUGGCAAGAUUCCCUGAGUGCAACCUGCAGGCUCUGGAUGUGGACGACAGGACACCUCUGCACUGGGCUGCAGCUGCAGGAAAGGCAGACUGUGUGCAGUCACUGCUGGAGCUGGGCAUAGACAGCAACCUGCGAGACAUCAGUGAGAGCACACCCCUGGCCUACGCCCUGUACUGCAGCCACACGGCCUGUGUCAAGCUCCUCUCCCAAGAGAGCAGAACAGAGCCUACUCGACCCCUUCCUUCCCAGAAGAGUAGACCCCAGAAGAAGGAGGGACGAUUCAGCAUGCUCAAUCAAAUCUUCUGCAGGAACAAAAAAGAAGAGCAGAGGGCCUAUCAGAAAGAUCACAGCAGGGACUGGCACAGGGGAGAGCCCACCUCGGAAGUUGAUGACAUCAUCACCACCUUUGACAGCAACGUGGAUACCAACUGCCAAGAACAGCCUGGUGGUCGGGUGGCUAUGGUUGAAUUUAAGAAGAGGACCUCAGAGAAUUCAAAAUACCACUUGCCAGAAAAGAAGCCCCUGGCCCAUAAAGGGCUUCCACCAAUCAGAACGCAGAGUCUCCCACCCAUCACCCUAGGCCAUAACUUCCUGACAGCCUCCCAGGGGGCCACUUCCCAUGCUGGCCUGAGCUCUGGUACUCAUCAUGCUGCCCAGCAAUCUCAGAAAAGCCUAAGUGAGCAGGAUUUAUUGAAUAACAGAACUGGCUGCCAGGUAUUGCUCGAUAACCAGGUGUUCUAUAAAGCUUGGACUGUGUCUUCUUCUGAUAAGCUGCUAGACAGGUUGCUUACCAGCAGAUCCAGUCACCAGGAGGUGUCAUGGCCACCACAUCUUCCUCAUCUACAUAAUCCUUCAUCAGGACAAAAUUUUCAGCAUCUCUCCCCAAACAGACCUAAAAUCUGGGAUCUUCCUUUCACCCGGAACAACCUGGCACCCCUACCAGACCAAAAAUUUCUAUCUGGAGAACCUCUACGGACAAACCGAGUGCUUCCUGCUAUCCCAAGCCAGCGGAGAUACAGCCCACCAGCUGAAGAGAGUGAAAACUCUGCCAGUUCCACCAAUGAUGAAAAUUAAUCAGUGACUGUGGGUCACUGAUUGUAAAAAUAUAGAUUAUAUAUAUUUUCA